AUGACACUUUCCUUUUAUUUUCUCAGAAACACAGCUUCUGCUAUCAUGCAGUGUUCUACCAGUGAGCUCACCUGCUCGAUCUGCACAGACUAUUUCACAGACCCUAUCGCCAUUUGCUGUAGGCACAGAGUUUGUAGUCCCUGUCUCUGCCUCUUGUGGGAAGAUGCACAAACUCCAACUUGCUGCCCUGUGUGCAGGGAAGUAUCACAGCAAAUGAACUUCAAACACAUUACUUUUGUUAAGAAACAAGUUUUUCGUACCAGAGAAUCAGUCACCUGCCACGUAUCAAGCUCUGCCAUGCUGAUCUGUAGGAGACACCAGGAAACCAAGAACUUCACCUGUGAAACAGACAGGAGGCUCUGUUUUCUUUGCUGUCAAUCGCCAGAGCAUGCUACUCACAGACAAUAUAGGAUAAAGGCUGAUGAAUACUAUAAGGAGAACUUCCUGAAGCAAAUGAAGUCCAUCUGGAAAAAAAAAAUAAAAAAUUAAAGAAAUCUAAACAGAGAGACCAACAUAAUACAAAAAUGGAAGGUUUUUAUACAUUUGCAGGUCAUGAUGAUCAGCGCUGAAUAUCCUAAGGUGCGUCAGUACCUCCGUGCAGAAAAGCAAAAGCGCUUAGAGAGCCUGGCAAGUGAAGGCAAGAUGAUUUUUCUGCAACUCAGGAGAAGUGAAACUAGAAUGGCCAAGACGGGGAGACUCCUGAGAGGAAUGGAUGAGAAACUGAAGGAAAUAUGCUGCAAAGCAGAUAUGGCAGAUAUGAACCUGAUACAGGAUUUAGGAGACAUAAUGAAGAGGUAAGUUUUUUCUGCACUGGCCAUGCCUCAGCCUGUGAACCCACAGUUCAGUGCAUGGACCAUCACUGGGAUGUCAGAAAGGCUUAACUUCUUCAGAGUGUCUAUCACCUUGGAUCGUAAGAAAUGCAGUAAUCACAAACUCCUGUUCAAAGACUUGAGGUGUUUGCAAUGCAGUCUUGAUGAUACAGACAUGUCCUGUAAUCCAACAAGAACAGAGUAUACUUCUUCAUGGGGAGCUCAGAUCCUCAGCUCUGGCAAACAUUACUGGGCAGUGGAUCUGAAAGACUCUUGUAAUUGGGUGAUAGGACUUUGCAGAGAAGCCCAGACAAAGAGGAAUGACAUGCAACUUCAGUCUGAGAGUAUCGUUCAACUUCUGUGUCUUAAAGUGGAUGACCAUUUCAGUCUCUUCUCUACUUCCUCAUUGUAACAUCAUUAUAUUCCAAGGCCCCAAGGCUGGCUGGGGGUAUUCCUGGAUUAUGAAUGUGGGAUAGUAAGCUAUAUUAACAUUGUCCAAAGUUUCCUCAUUUGUAGUUUCAUCUCACAUAUUUUCUAUUUUCCUCUCAGACCUUUCAUUAGAUCCAUGGCUCUAAAUCAUCAGGGACAGGUUACAAACCUAACCAAGACUUUGGGAAUUCUGAUAGCAGUGGAGGCUACUAUUCUGGUGACUUUCUUAAUGGAGAAAAUCAGUCAUACCUCAUUACCUUUUACUUCAUUUUACCUCCAGGAUAUCGCGAGCGCCCGGCUCAGGUCACUCAGGGCGAGGAGACCUAGAACUCCGCCGCCACGCCGCCACGCCGCGUCCCCGCCCCACGCAGCGGCCCCGCCCCUACGCAGCGACCCCGCCCUACGCAACGCCCCUGCCCUAACCGCAGCACCACCGCCCUACGCGGCGGCCCCGCCCCUACGCAGCGCCCCCUCCCUACCCAGCACCUCCACCCUACGCAGCGCCCCCUCCCUACGCAGCGCCUCCGCCCAGGCGUGCGAGGCACCACGCCCUCUUCUGCCCUGGGGGGCCUGGAGGGGGCCGCUUCAGAUCUCAGCACUCGUUGUAGUCGCUGCCACUUGCGGGAGGGCGUGA